UCAUUUUGGAGAUUUGGAAAUGGUUAUAAUGAAGUGUCCACUAUAAACAACUUGUUGGAUAACGGAUUUGAAAGUUUUGCUCCAAAUUUAGAAAUUUUAGGAGACCUUUUGGAUGAACAAGAAAUUUUGGAAGAGUUGGCCUCAUCAAACAUUAAAUUGAUUGAAUACUUGAGACAAAGAGAAGUUCUUGAGAAAUUGAUUGAAUAUAUAAUAACUGAAGAAGAUGAUCUUGUUGAUGAUUCUCAAAAAAAUGAGAAAAAUGAUGACGAUAGCAACAAUAAUAAUAAUGACAAUAAUGAUAAUGAAGAAGAUGAAUCAAAAAGUGAAUCUAGUGAUUAUAAAAGAAGAAAGUCUUUAAAUUCGAAUUCAGACUCAGAUUCAGAUGAUGUUCAAAAUUAUGAUCAACCAGAAACUAUUCAAGAAAUACAUUCAAGAAGAGCACAGGUUGCUGCUGAAAUAUUGAGUGCGGAUGCUUGGUCCUUGACAGAUUCUUUUAUGGAUAAUCAUGAUUUAUUAUCAAAACUUUGGAGUGUUUUAGAUAAACCUUGCCCCUUAUCAAUGGUGCUGUCAACUUAUUUCAUGAAAAUUAAUGAGCAUUUACUAGAUAUGAAGAUUGAUGAAAUGUUGAAUUUCUUAUUGCAUCAAAACAACCUUGUUGAUAGAUUUUUGAAACAUAUUGAUAAUCCUCCUUUAAUGGAUUUCUUAUUAAAAGUUAUUAGCACAGAUAAACAAGAUAUUCCAACUGGUAUUAUUGAUUUAUUGAAAAGUCAAAAUUUGGUUUCAAAAUUGAUUUCAUUCUUAGACCCAAAAGUUAAUGCCUCUGUACAAUCAGCAGCAGGUGAUUUCAUUAAGGCAUUUGUCACAAUAAGUGCUAAUUCAAACACUGAUAAUUCCACUAUAGGCCCAAAUGAAUUGACAAGAGAAUUGGUUUCAGAAAAAAUAAUGAACCAACUGUGUGAAUUGAUGUUGAAAGGCGGUACAAGUUUAGCUAAUGGUGUUGGUAUAAUUAUUGAAAUCAUCAGAAAAAACAAUUCAGAUUAUGAUUUUGUCCCUGUUUUAUUCAUCACUAUUGAAUCACAUCCUCCAACUUCAAGAGAUCCAAUAUAUUUAGGUCAUUUGAUCAAAGUUUUUUCUAAAAAUAUUCCAAAGUUUGCAUCUUUAUUAAAAGACACAAAAUUGCCUCCUAUGGAUACACCUUUUGGUUCAAUUGAGCCUUUAGGUUUUGAAAGAUUCAAGAUUUGUGAAUUGAUUGCAGAAUUAUUGCAUUGUUCAAACAUGGGUUUAUUGAAUGAUGAAAAGGGUGAAGAAAUAGUUAGAGAAAGAGAUAUAGAAAGAGAACGUGUCAUUGCAUUAGAGAAGCAACAAGAUGAUGAAGAAGGAGAGGAAGGAGAAGGUGCGCAAAAUGAAGCUGGAGACGAAGAUUCUGAUCAUGAAGCAUCAAAAGUCAUUAAAAGAUUGAGCAUAUCGUCCACUGAGCAAGAUAAUGAAGAGGAUAAAACCACAGAGAAGGAAGAAGUCAAAGAGAAGGAUGUUACUACUGAUGAUGAUAAAGAUUCAACACCAACUGAAAAUAAACCAAGUCUGGAAAUCCAAUCGGAACCUGAUUCAGAUGCUGAUACAACUUUGGAGAUCCAAUAUGAUGAACAUGAAACACAAAUACGUAAAAAUCCAGUUGUUGGUGAUCAAUUAAAGAUUGCAUUAGCUGAUAAUCAAGUCAUAUUGGUCAUACUGAAUAUGUUUUUCUGUUUCCCAUGGAAUAACUUUUUGCAUAAUGUUGUUUUCGAUAUUGUUCAACAAAUAUUGAAUGGAUCAAUGGAUAUUGGUUACAACAAAUAUUUAGCCAUUGAUUUAUUUGGUCGUGGUGAAAUUAAUAAAUUGAUUAUUGAAGGUCAACAAAAAUGUGAAGAUUAUGAACAGACAAACGGCCUAAGAUUGGGUUAUAUGGGACAUUUAACUCUGAUUGCUGAAGAAGUUGUUAAAUUCACUGCCCUGUAUCCUCCAAAUACAAUUCAUCAAAUUGUCUAUGAUGCUGUUUCAACUCCUGAAUGGACUGUGUAUGUUACUGAAACUUUAGUUGAUACUAGAGAAAAAUAUAAUGCUCUUUUGGGUGGAAGUGUUGAAGAUGAAGGUGGUGAUGAAACUACAGAGGAUAAUAUUACUCCAGGCGAAGUUGACGAUGAUUAUAAUACUACUGGAAAUAAUCGCUCACUCGACUCACAUGAAGAAGAUGAUGAAGAGGGUGAUAACAACAGAGGUAAUAAUGAAUCAGAUGAUGUUGAAGGAGAUCAAUUUUCUCGUUACAUGUCUCAACAGUUAACCAAUGACUUGCCUGAUAAAUUUGGAUCAUCUGAUGAAGAUGAAGAAGAUGAU